UUCUGCGAAUUGAACUCAGAAACAAAGCGAUCGAAACUAAAGAUGAGUCACGAAGAGGAUACGAUGCAAGCGUUGAGUCAUUCUGACGAUGAAUGGGUGAACGAACUUGAAGAUGUUCUCACGGACCCUAAAGAUAAGGAGGAAUCGAAAUUCACAGGGAGGAGAUUAGUGAAAAAGUCGAAUUCUGUUCCUGAUGCAGUAGUCGGAGUUGAAGAAGAUCUUGACGAUUGUAUUGAGCCUACGGCUGAUGUUAAUGACAAAGUCGGGAAGAAGAGACAGAGGAAGAAAGAUGAUCAGUCUGGUGUUGACAAGACUAAGAAUAAGAAGAGGAAGAAGAAGGAUGACUCCGCAGAGGUUCAAGAGAUGUGGGAUUCAAUUACGAACGACAAGAACCCCAAGGAUGUUGAUAAAGACGAAGUGAAGCGUCUAAGGAAAGAAGAUAACGAUGAGAUUAAAAAAUUGUUCAAGCUUAAGCCAAAGAAGAGCAAGGUCGAGAAAGACGCUUCGGAGAUUGCGAUGCAAGUAGAACAAGUGAUUGCGACUCUUGAAAUUGCGGUAGAAGACGAUGUAACUCAAAACAGAGAAGGGAAGCCCGCCAUUAAUAAGCUCAUGAACUUACCUCUUCUCAUUAACGCUCUCUCAAAGAAACCACUUCAAGCUGAGUUCUUAGAUCAUGGAGUACUUAAUCUCUUAAAGAAUUGGCUCGAGCCGCUUCCUGAUGGUAGCUUACCGAAUAUUAACAUCCGCACUGCCAUUUUGGAGAUCCUCAAAGAUUUGCGCAUCGAUCUAGAUCAAGACAGUAGAAGAGAACAGUUCAUCAAGAGAGGUAUAGGGAAGGUCAUAAUGUUCUUAUCAAAGUCAGAUGAAGAAACUACACCUAACAGGAGACUCGCUAAUGAUUUAGUCAACAAAUGGGGCCGUAUCAUUUAUAAUAAUAGCACAAGAUAUGAUACUAUGUUAAGUAAGGAGGAACGUGAAGAGCAAAAGCAAAUGCUAUUAAGAAGACAGAACAAGACUCGUAAGGUGUCUGAAAGAAAAACUAUAAUCUGUGAUACAGAUGUUGACCUUUAUCUAGGUACAUGGACAGGAGGAGGAAGAACGCAAAUACCGAAGGCAAUGUCGAUGGACUUUACGAUCCGUCCUCAAAGCAAAGUUGACGAAGCUUGUGUCAAGAAGCAAAAGAAUGCCAGCACCCAUGAAAAGAUAAUCAAGAAACUGCAGAAUCAAAAGGUCUUCAGGAAAAGGGGUAUGCAAGCAUUGAAGCCUAGUGCAGAUGGCCGCACUAUGUUCAAGUACUUGUAGAGAUUAUUCAUCAGAGAAGUUC